AUGUUGUUCCCCUCCCUCUUGACGACGGCCGUCCUCGCCGGAUCGUUGUUUUCGGACUUCGCGUUUGCCAAACAUGGCCAUUUCGGCCAGAAAACCCGUGAUCGUCGAGACGUGAGCAAGCGUUCCUCUCCCCCGAAACCGAAGCCACACUCGGACCGCAACAACUUUCGCUUCUUGAAAGACAAGACCAGACCAUUCCUCGUGGAUAGUUUGCCCGACGUUCCCUUCGACGUAGGCGAGCUCUACUCUGGCCUGGUACCGGUCGACGAACACAACAGCUCGAGGUCCCUCUUCUUCGCGUUCCAACCAAAACUCGGAGAACCGGUGGAUGAGGUCACAAUUUGGGUCAAUGGAGGACCUGGCUGCAGCUCCCUUGAUGGAUUUUUUCAGGAGAAUGGCAGAUUCACCUGGAUUCCGGGAACCUUUGCCCCAGUUGAGAACCCGUACUCAUGGGUGAAUCUCACCAAUGUGCUGUGGGUUGAUCAACCUGUUGGCACUGGCUUUUCCACCGGAACCCCGACUGCAGUCUCACAAGAGGAAACCGCCAAAGACUUUGUCAAGUUCUUCAAGAACUUCCAGAAGCUCUUUGGCAUCAAGAAUUUCAAGAUCUACGUUACCGGCGAGAGUUAUGCGGGGCGGUAUGUCCCUUACAUCUCCGCAGCGAUGCUGGACCAGAACAACACAGAGUACUUUGACCUCAAGGGGGCCCUGGUCUAUGAUCCUUGCAUUGGUCAGUUUGACUAUGUCCAGGAACAAGUGCCUACCUACCCAUUUGUUCAGGAAAACGCCAACCUGUUCAACUUCAACGCCAGCUUCAUGUCAGAGCUUGAGUCCUUGCAUGAGACCUGUGGUUACAAAGACUUCAUCGACGAGUAUCUCGUCUUCCCUCCCUCCGGGCCCCAGCCACCCAAGCCCUUUAGCGAGACCAGUAAAGAUGAUCGUUGCGACAUCUUUGACAAGGUCAAUGACGCAGUCAUGGUCCCGAACCCUUGUUUCGACGUUUACGAAAUCAACUCGAUGUGCCCACUUCAAUGGGACGUCCUUGGAUUCCCCACGGCCCUCGAAUACAAAGCGCCAGGCUCAACCGUAUACUUUGACCGCCCAGACGUCAAGAGAGCCAUGCACGCACCCAACGUGACCUGGGCAAUCUGUUCCGAGAAUCCCGUUUUCGUGGGCCCUGAGGGCUCCGGCCCCGAGGGAGAAGGAGACAUCUCCGCCAAUCCAAUCGAGACCGUCCUGCCACAGGUGAUUGAGGCGACGAACCGCGUGCUGAUUGGCAACGGCGACUAUGACAUGAUCAUCAUCACCAACGGCACGCUGAUGUCCAUCCAAAACAUGACCUGGAACGGCCAGCUGGGCUUCCAGUCCGCACCGGAGACACCCAUUGAGAUCGACCUUCCUGACCUCCAGUGGGCCGAGGUGCUAGAGCAGAACGGGCUCGAGCCUUCCACCCAAGGCAUUAUGGGAAUUUCGCACUAUGAGCGUGGACUGAUGUGGGCGGAGACCUUCCAGAGUGGACACAUGCAGCCCCAGUAUCAGCCCCGAGUGGCAUACCGCCACCUCGAAUGGCUGCUGGGCCGGGUCGACUCACUGUAA